GUCGCCUUCACUCGCCUCGGGCCUCCCGCGACACUCGCGACCCCGACUCGCCGUUACUCCCCACAUCAAUGCCCUCCGCUUCCAUUUCCCUCCUCCGCCACCUCGUCCCGUCCCGUCUCCCUCCCUCCUCCUCCCGUGCUCCUCCUCCUCUGCUGUGAUCGAUCACCUUGCUACCUCCCUCCGCGUCCCCGGCGGCAUUGCCGAGAGAGAGAUGAAGCCGCUGUACCUGCGGAGCGGUGGCCGGAGCUUCAAGAGGCUGCUCCUCUCCAUCGGCCACCGGUCACCGUCCAAGCCGCCCGCGUCGCCGGCCCACGACGCCGCCGCUGCAAACGAAGAGCCGGAGCCGUCCCCGCGCAGCAGCAGGCCCGCGUGGCGCUGCUUCUCCUACGACGAGAUCAACCGCGCCACGAACGGCUUCCACGAGGGCAACCUCGUGGGCCGGGGCGGGUCCUCGGAGGUGUACCGCGGAGAGCUCCCCGGCGACGGGCGCGCCGUGGCGGUGAAGCGGCUGAUGGGAUCCUCGGCGUGCGAGCGGCGGGAGCGGGACUUUUUGGCGGAGCUCGGCACGGUGGGCCACGCGCGCCACCCCAACGUGUGCGCGCUCCUCGGCUGCUGCGUCGACCGCGACCUCUACCUCGUCUUCGAGUUCUCAAACCGCGGCUCCGUCGCCGCCAACCUCCACGACGAGGCGUCGCCGGCGAUGGGGUGGGCGGCGCGGCGCGGCAUUGCGGUGGGCACGGCGAGGGGGCUCGAGUACCUGCACAAGGGGUGCCAGCGGCGGAUCAUACACCGGGACAUCAAGGCCUCCAACGUCCUGCUCACCGACGACCUCCAUCCGCAGAUUUCUGAUUUCGGGCUCGCCAAGUGGCUGCCGUCGGAGUGGACGCACCGGGCGAUCGCGCCCAUCGAAGGAACCUUCGGGUGCCUGGCGCCGGAGUACUACACGCACGGCAUCGUGGACGAGAAGACGGACGUGUUCGCGUUCGGCGUCUUCCUCCUCGAGCUCGUCACCGGCCGGAAGCCGGUGGACGGCAGCCACCGGAGCCUCCUCAGCUGGGCCCGGCCGCUGCUUGCCGACGGCAAGAUCGACCCCCUGGUGGACCCGAGGCUCGGCGGCGACUACGACGGCGAGGAGGCUAAGCGGGUGGCGUUCGUGGCGGCGCUGUGCAUCCGGGCGCCGGCGACGUGGCGGCCGUCCAUGACCGAGGUGCUGGAGCUGUUGGAAGGCGGCGAGAUCCGGCAAGACCGGUGGGCGAUGCCCGAGGUGGCGGCCGACGACGAGGAGCCCUGGUGGUUAGACGACCUUGACGACGAGGAGGAGGAGGAAGACGAGGACGAGGAGUUCAACACCCCGUCCCCUUCUUCAUCUUCAUCAACUACGAGCAAUUAGCGUAGGAGUACAUCAUAAUCUAAACAAAUUCAGGUGCCUGUGAUAGAAGAAGUUUUGCUAGCCGCCCUACCCGUGGGGCGGGCCCACAUGUAAAUACGAAUGUUAUCUUCGGACCUCAGCUAUCAGUGUACCAAUACGAAGAGCAAGUAUGCUGUACCAGUCCUAGUCAUCCAUUGAUCAUGACAGGAUACACACA